AGCUCUGCCACAUUUAUAGCGACGGCAGCAGGGCGAAAAGGGGGAAGAGCGCUGAGGGAGUCGGAAUUAGCGUAUUUAAAUCAGCCGAAGUAGAGGAAAGAAAGAAAAGUGUGGGCUCACCAUCCGAACAAAUGGAAGAAGAGAAGGGCGAGCAGAUGAAGCCCCUCCUGACCACGGGUAAUGAUGAUGAAGCUGUAGUGGACUUGGGGAAGACGAGCUCCACCAUCCACACUAACUUUGAAAAGGAGGAGCUUGAAAGUCACAGAGCCGUGUACGUCGGCGUUCACGUCCCUUUUGGGCGACAGAGCAGGAGACGACAUCGACAUCGAGGACACCGACAUCACCGCAAACGGAGAGACAGAGGUUCUGAGCGUGAGGACGGACGAGAGUCUCCAACAUAUGACACGCCCUCUCAGCGAGUUCAGUUUAUUCUGGGCACUGAAGAUGAUGAUGAAGAGCACAUUCCCCAUGACCUGUUCACUGAGCUGGACGAGCUGCACUUCUUUGAUGGAGAGAUGUCCGAGUGGAAGGAGACGGCCAGGUGGUUGAAGUUUGAGGAGGACGUGGAGGACGGAGGUGAGAGGUGGAGUAAACCGUACGUGGCGACUCUGUCACUCCACAGCCUGUUUGAGCUGCGCAGCUGCAUCAUGAACGGCACGGUGCUGCUCGACAUGAGGGCCAACACCAUCGACGAGAUCGCAGAUAUGAUCAUUGACAGCAUGGUGGCGUCGCAGCAGCUGGACGAGUCUCUGAAGGAGAAUGUUCGGGAGGCCAUGCUGAAGCGGCAUCAUCACCAGAACGAGAAGAAGCUUAGUAACCGCAUCCCACUUGUGCGCUCUUUCGCCGAUAUAGGCAAGAAACACUCGGAUCCGCACUUACUCGAACGGAAUGGUCUCAUGGCUUCUCCACACUCUGCUCCGGGGAACCUGGAGAACAGUAAACCCAGUGAGAGUCGUAUGAACGGAGGGAGCAGAGAGAACAGCACUGUGGACUUCAGCAAGCCACGGCAACAGGACCGCCGCAUCUCUUUCCACUGUCGUUGCGGCACUGUGAGACCUACCGUGGACAUGAACUUCAUGAAGAAAAUUCCUCCUGGUGCUGAGGCUUCCAAUGUGCUGGUUGGUGAAGUCGACUUUCUAGAUCGACCAAUCAUUGCCUUUGUGCGUCUCUCACCCGCUGUCCUCCUCACUGGCCUCACAGAGGUUCCUGUCCCCACAAGGUUCCUGUUUUUGCUUCUUGGGCCAUUUGGUAAAGGAUCUCAGUACCAUGAAAUCGGCCGCUCCAUUGCCACACUGAUGACUGAUGAGAUUUUCCAUGACGUAGCAUACAAGGCCAAAGACAGGAAUGACCUGCUGUCUGGGAUUGAUGAGUUUCUGGAUCAGGUGACGGUUCUUCCUCCAGGAGAGUGGGAUCCUACCAUCCGCAUUGAACCACCUAAAAAUGUUCCGUCUCAGGAGAAACGGAAGAUGCCGGUGCCGAACGGCUCCACCUUCCAGUCCGAGGCCAUCAAAGAGGAGGAGCAUCACAUGGGACCAGAACUGAAAAGGACAGGACGGAUAUUCGGUGGUCUGGUGUUGGAUGUGAAGAGGAAAGCACCGUUUUAUUGGAGUGAUAUUCGUGAUGCUUUGAGCCUGCAGUGUUUGGCGUCAGUGUUAUUCCUGUACUGCGCCUGCAUGUCUCCCGUCAUCACCUUCGGUGGUCUGCUGGGAGAAAUCACCAAAAACAACAUUAGUGCGAUUGAGUCGUUAUUCGGUGCUUCUCUAACCGGAGUGGCGUACUCUCUCUUUGCUGGUCAGCCCCUCACGAUCCUGGGCAGCACCGGUCCGGUUCUGGUGUUUGAGAAAAUCCUUUUUAAGUUCUGCAGUGAUUUCGGCCUGUCCUACCUCCCCCUGCGCACCAGUAUCGGUUUGUGGACGGCGUUCCUGUGUUUGGUGUUGGUGGCGACUGAUGCGAGUUCCCUGGUGUGUUACAUCACACGGUUUACUGAGGAAGCCUUCGCUGCUCUCAUCUGCAUCAUCUUCAUUUACGAGGCUGUGGAGAAGCUCUUUCACCUGAGGGACAUGUUCCCUAUCAACAUGCACAAUGACCUGGACAACCUCACCUUCUACAGGUGUCAAUGCUCCCCACCUUUGAAUGUCACAACUGAGCUUACAAACCUCUGGAAUCAGAGCAGCUUCACUCCCGACUCUAUCAAUUGGAGUGAAUUAGAUGUGACUAUGUGUAAGAAGCUGAAGGGUGUGUUCGUGGGGUCAGCGUGUAGUGAUCACAGCCCCUUCAUCCCAGAUGUCCUGUUCUGGUCCAUCAUCCUCUUCUUCACCACCUUCUUCCUCUCCGCCUUCCUCAAACAGUUCAGGACCAAACGCUACUUUCCCACCAGGGUUCGCUCUACCAUCAGUGAUUUUGCAGUUUUUCUCACCAUCCUGUUCAUGGUGUUGUUGGAUUACCUGGUGGGGAUUCCUUCUCCCAAACUUAAUGUCCCUGAUACCUUCGAGCCCACCUCUAAAGGUCGUGGUUGGUGGAUUACUCCGUUGGGGUCGAAUCCCUGGUGGACUCUGUUAGCAGCAGUGAUUCCUGCUCUGCUCUGCACCAUCCUCAUCUUCAUGGACCAGCAGAUCACCGCCGUCAUCAUCAACCGCAAAGAGCACAAGCUUAAGAAAGGCGGUGGGUAUCACCUGGACCUGCUGGUGGUGGCCGUAAUGCUGGGUGUGUGCUCUCUGAUGGGCUUGCCGUGGUUCGUAGCUGCCACAGUUCUCUCCAUCUCCCAUGUGAACUCUCUGAAGGAGGAGUCGGAGUGUUCUGCUCCAGGAGAACAGCCCAAGUUCCUGGGGAUCAGAGAGCAGAGAGUCACUGGCUUCAUGAUCUUCAUCCUCAUGGGCUUAUCCGUCUUCAUGACCUCCGUGCUUAAGUUUAUCCCCAUGCCGGUGCUGUAUGGAGUUUUUCUGUACAUGGGUGUGUCGUCUCUCAAAGGCAUCCAGUUCUUCGACCGCAUUAAGCUGUUCGGGAUGCCUGCAAAGCACCAGCCGGAUCUCAUCUACCUGCGUUAUGUUCCUCUGUGGAAGGUCCACAUGUUCACCUUGGUACAGCUCAGCUGCCUGGUCCUGCUGUGGGUCAUCAAAGCCUCUGCCGCCGCCGUCGUCUUCCCCAUGAUGGUCUUGGCUCUGGUGUUUGUGCGAAAGCUUCUAGAUUUCUGCUUCACGAAGCGAGAGCUUAGCUGGCUUGAUGAUUUGAUGCCAGAGAGCAAAAAGAAGAAAGAGGACGACAAGAAGCUAAAAGAGGAGGCAGAGCGGCUGAUGGAGGCUGAGCGAGUGAUGGAGUAUGACAGUGACAACCUGCUCAGCAUCAAAACUCUCAAAGUCAGUGAUGACCCGUCUGUGGUCAAUAUUACUGAUGAAGUGGCCAAAACCAGCAUGUGGAAAGCUGUGAACUCUGACCCCUCCAAAGGGCCCAAAUAUAGGGAGAGUGAUAAAAGCUCUGGCAUUACAAUCACAGUGGACGAUUUGGAGGGAGGAAAGUAUGUGGACACGGAGACAUCACUAUGACAACAGAAAGAGAGAGAGAGUUUCUCACAGCAAAGGCCAAAUGAGUUCAAGAGGAAACACUGAUAUUUUAUCUUCUCACACACACACACACACACACACACACACACACACACACAUAUACACACACACAGAGUACCAUACAGUAAUUUAAUGUAUCAGUGUGUAGCAACAGUGUCAUUCUCUGAGGUAUGACACACACACACACACACACACACACACACACCGAGAGCUCGAGCCACAAUAUUACACAUAAUUUAUUAUUAUUAUUAUUAUUAUUAUUAUUAUUAUUAUUAUUAUUAUGUGAAAGUGUUUAAAGUGAGAGAUCCUGCUGGGGGUUUAGUGAAGAGUCUCAUGAAGCAGCAUUUCACGCUAAACUGGAGGUCGUAUGGCGUUAGCAUCAUUAGCCCCGGAGCUCAAGUUCAUCACACAGUGAUGAUUUCUUUUAUUUACAUUUUAUUUUACUUUUUAAAAUGUCAUUUUUUGACUGAAACAGCGUAGAGCUGAAAUGUGGCACUUUUGCAGUGUGUGUGUGUGUGUGUGUGUGUGUGUGUGUGUGUGUGUGUGCUGAUUCCAUAUCAGCAUAUGUUCCUAAUAAAUCUAGACCUCUAACAGGGUUUUUCAUUUGUCCCUCUGGAGGAACAGUUCUAUGUAGACCCCUCCUACCAGAUGUUUACUGUCAGAUCAGAUUCCAAAUGGAGCUGCGUUUAUAAAAAAAAAAUAACCCACUGAACCCUAAAAGAACCCACAAUAAUCCCAUCAACAGAUACGAGGAGAACAUUGAAUAAUCCUGUGAUCAGACAUGAGGAGAACCCUGAAGUGUUCUAGAUUAGAGUGGAUGUAGUGGUUUAGAUGACGGUGAACAGAAGACGUUCCAGCACUCCAGGUUCUCGUCACCUUCUGUACUUCUUGUGUUCAUUGUGAGAUGAAAUAGACUCGUUAGCGCCCCCACAGGACGCUCGCUGGAUCGCUGCACUCGCACCAGAUUGUGAUCGCUUUCUCUUUAUUUUUUGAUAUUUUUUACAGAAGCAGAUCAGAUCCUCAACACAGUGUGCCUGAUAUUUAUAUAAAAACCCUGAAUUAAUCUCUUUCCCUUUUUUCUAGUUUUAUAUUCCUUUUUAGGAAGUUCAGUGAAACUUUAUUAAGUUAUUAGGAAGUAAUGAAGUAUUUAAAGUUUUAUUAUUUUAGAUUAGAAUUUCAUUUCUCAUGAUUCCUGAUCAUUUUCAUGCUGUUUUGUAUUAUUUUUUUUUUUUGGCUGUUUGUGUCUCAGACGUUGUGACACUCAUCGUGUCUUCCUUUUGAAGAUUCAGAACAAGUGUUUUUACUCCACAGUGCUGCAGGUUCUCUCACAGAUCCUCCAUAAAGCUGCUCCUCCUCACCCGUGUGUUUAAUAUGUAGAUUUGUGUAGAUUUGUGUUGCUGUUUAUAACCCUGUACAGUAAAACGCUUUUCCUACAGACGAGUGGGAUUUUGUAAAACCUCUAAAAAGUAAUUGUUCAAUAAAAACAGUAAAGUUGUUAAA